AUGGAUUCAGUAUUGAACGUGGGAAUAGUUGGAACAGGGAUUUUCGCGAGAGAUUCGCAUUUACCUGCCUAUCAGCAACUGCCCAAUGAGUUCAAGGUGGUAGCUGCUUUCAACAGGACUAAAAGUAAAGCGGAAGCGUUCGCGGAAGAUGCAGGAAUUGAGAAAGAAAAAGUUUUCGACAAUCUGGACGAUAUGCUGAAAGAUGAGUCAAUCUCUGCUAUUGAUGCACUGCUUCCAGCACAAUUCAAUGCAGAGACUGUGGAGAAGUGCAUUGCUGCCAGGAAACCAGUCAUUUUGGAAAAGCCGAUCGCCGCGACAAUGGCUCAGGCAAGAAAAAUCGUUGAAAUGUCAGAUGCCACGACCCUUCCUAUUGGAAUCGCUGAGAAUUGGCUGUUCAUGAAUGCUGCCAGCGCGCUAAAGGAGCAGUUAGCAGAGAUCGGGCCAAUCACAGCAUUCACUUACAACUCUACGGGGCCUUUUGUGAAGGAAAACAAAUACCUUUCAACAUCCUGGAGGCAGAACCCUGAACAUAUUGGUGGAUUCCUUUCUGACGGCGGCGUUCACCAAUUGGCUUUGCUCACCGAAGUUUUGGGGGAGGUUGAAUCGGUGAGCGCGCUGACCAAACAGGUUCGUAAGCAAUCCGGUACAGACGAUGUCGUGUUCUCGACUGUAAAGCUUAGAGACUCCGACGUUAUUGGAACCUUUACCUACGGCUCUGCGUUCGGGUCGUGCAAGAAGUCCGUGUACUUCAAGGUGUAUGGGCUUAAUGGUGCCGCAACACUUGACUUGUCGGACAAAAAGAAGCCUGUGAUUAAGGUCACAGUUGGCGACUCGGCAGAAGCGAACGCAAAGGAAAAUACGAUUGAGAUUGACGAGCACCCAUCAGGCGGCAUUCAAGAGGAAUUCCUGAACUUUCGCGAGUCAAUUCUGAAAAAAGAAAAACGAGUAAUCAGAGGCUCGCCCCGAGUUGCGUUCCAUCACUUGGCUUGCGUUGCUGCGUUUUUGGACUCUUCUGCUAAGGAUGGAGACAGCGUGGUCGUCGAGCAGCCUUGA